CAAGUAGCAAGCAACUAUCGAUAUCCGAGUAGCUGCAAUCGUAACACGUCAAUUUUUAGUGACACAAAAAGUUGUGUGAAAAAUUUGGUUCUUAAUUGUUUUUUGGAGGAGCAGAAGACAAAAAUAUAAAAACAUGGGCCUAACAAUAUCCAGCUUACUAACGCGACUCUUUGGGAAAAAACAAAUGCGCAUUCUAAUGGUUGGCCUGGACGCAGCUGGAAAGACAACCAUAUUGUAUAAAUUAAAAUUGGGCGAAAUUGUGACGACGAUUCCAACAAUUGGUUUUAAUGUGGAAACCGUUGAAUAUAAAAACAUAUGUUUUACGGUUUGGGAUGUGGGCGGUCAGGAUAAAAUCCGACCGCUUUGGCGUCACUAUUUCCAAAAUACACAAGGCCUCAUUUUUGUGGUUGAUUCAAACGAUCGCGAUCGUAUUAACGAGGCUGAAAAGGAACUGCAAAAUAUGCUGCAAGAAGAUGAGUUGAGAGAAGCCGUUUUGCUGGUGUUUGCCAAUAAACAGGAUUUGCCGAAUGCGAUGAGUGCUGCCGAAUUGACUGACAAGCUGCAUUUGAAUCAAUUGCGGAAUCGUCAUUGGUUCAUUCAGUCGACUUGCGCCACUCAGGGGCACGGAUUGUACGAAGGACUCGAUUGGCUCUCCGCCGAAUUGGCCAAGAAAUGAUUUUCCCUUUUGUUUUGUAUUAAAAUAAACUAAAAAAAAAAACAAUUACUAUUGCUUAGAUUCUUAAUAAAUAAAUAUAUAUGUGUAUAAUAAGACGAAACAA